AUGGCGUUGUCAUUAGCUGUUGGCACAUACGAAAAGCUAACAUUGAGAUGGUUCGGGGAGUUUGACGUGGUCGCAUUGCGUCAAUGUGGUGGUCCGCUUCGCAGGGAAUACGACGGAUUGGUCAAUUUAUGCCGAGCGCCUGGCGUCUUGGUGCCGGUUUUGUUGGUUGAUGAGAGCAGGGUCGAGUCGCCUAAUCUAGCUGGACCUUGCCGGUUAAGCGGAGUCGUGGUCCAGGGCGGUGAUCUUCAUUUCGCAAGGUUAAUUCUCGAUGAGGCUGCGUGGGUGCGGGAUACAAAUUUUCCGGCGGUUGAAGGUCUAACCGUAUCUGGUCGUCGCCUGGUGCUGCGGGACACUACGGUCUGUACUGACAGCUGUGCCGACGAAUGGAGAGUCGCAAGCUUGGUCCACAAGGAGUGGGAUACGGCACACUUGAUGUUCAGGCAAUUCGAGGUCGAUUACAUAUAUGAUGGGAAAGCAUUGAGCCGGGAAGAAGGAGAGUCUAUGCGGGUUGGGGAGGUCAUCACAUUAGCCGGUGAAGUCGUGAAUAUGUCAGGUAGAGGGGGGAAGUGGAUCGUGAAGGUCGUGACCGUUGGUGACUCAGUAAGAUGCAAAAAGGAUGAAAAAAUCCGGAAACAAAACCAACCUGGUGGUCCGUGCGCCCUGGGAAGUCUGGCGAAACCGGACCGCCAAAGCUCAGCAAACUUCUCGUCUCCAACAGCCACCGACUACCAGGGCUUCGCAUACAGACCUAUACAGACCUCACGGCUCCCAAACCCCAGCCCCCAACACCCAUCCCCAUCCAUCCUCAAACCGCUCAUCACUAUCCUUAGCCUACCAGCCUCCUCAACUAUCUUCAGUCAAGGGGGACUAGACGAAUACUGCUCCUCAUGGCUCCGCACCUUUCCAAUCCACCUUACCGGCCAUCGAUUAGAACCACAACUCAGCCCUUCACCGUUACGAAUGCCCUUCCGCGAGUCGUUUCGAUCAGAUUACUCCAAAGCAUUCACCUUCAAGCCUACCCUUGACCCCUUUCACUCUGAUUACUCUCGAUCCAUCAUGCAAAACUUCUCACAAGCUCAAAUCAACUUAGAUGACACGCCCAUUGGGCAGCGUCCUUACCCUAGCACUCGACGCGCAUUGGCUGCCGCUGCAGUUGAUCAUGUCUCAGAGACCACUGCCUCUAUUGGUGAUCGCAGCUCUUCGCUACCCCUUGCCGAUGUCAUAUUUGGUCCACCUGUGGCCCGAGACCCCAGCCCAGCGGCCAGUUCCGACAUUGAGAUUGUCUCAUCGAAUUUACCACCUCGUGUCCCUCUGUCCGACAAAAAACCUGGUAUGCAUUCUUUCUGCUUCCGUCCUUUAGGAAGUCACAUUCUAACAUUCAAGACUUUUGUCUGUGGUUUAGUUUUGCAACCAUCAGGAGCUCGUGUGACUACUCCUCAACCGCUCAGCGUGGCAUACACUAUGUGUUUGCUCAAAGGGACGGAUAUCACCAAGGGACCCGCUAAGAAGAAUGCAAAGCCAGUCUAUUCCACAAUUCCCAUCCCCGCCACCAAAAAACCUUUCGACCUAAACGAAACCUCUUUGGCGCGAUUGAAGCAACGUUUAUUUGAUCUGGCAAGUGAGAUUGAUAACGACCAAAGCAAAGGUAACACAGCUAUUCUCCAAACCGCCGAUGCCAUGAAACAAGUCAAGAUCUAUGCGUUUAUUACUGCCCACGACACCUGGGCCAAAAACCAAGAACGUACCAUCACCGAAGAUAUCCAUGUCUCCUCUUUCUUUCAAUCGGUCCUUGGAGCUCUCGGAAAGCACGCCGGUUUCGUCAUUGUGAUGGACAACCCAGCACGAUGUGCUCAAGAGGCAAUUGAUGCUAACUUUGCCCGGUUCUUUUUGGUGCAGGAACUCACAAAGAAUCAAGCCCGACUCAGAGCACAGAACACCCUCAAUAAUGUUGUUACCACUGCCUCGGAUCUUGCUCAUGCAACUCCUGUUGAUCCUCAUUCGCGAUGGCUCACUGCGUUACAAGAUCAUCAUGGUUCAUUGAAGAAUAACAAGGCUGAAGGAUGGCGAAUUUUUAAUCCGAAGGACUUGACCUUGAAAAUGGAACUAACCUUCCAUCACUUGAUCCUGUGGGCUCGCGAAUUGUAA